GCCGGCCACGAGGAGCGCACCGAGAUGGCGGAGGCGGCGGCGGCGGCGGCGGCGGCCUCGCGGCGCGCGCUGCACUUCGUGUUCAAAGUGGCCAACCGCUUCCAGACGGCGCGCUUCUACCGCGACCUGCUGGGGAUGAAGAUCCUACGGCAUGAGGAAUUUGAGGAAGGCUGCAAGGCUUCCUGUAAUGGGCCUUAUGACGGGAAGUGGAGUAAAACCAUGGUGGGCUAUGGGUCUGAAGACAAUCACUUUGUCGCAGAACUGACCUACAAUUAUGGCAUUGGUGACUACCGGCUUGGCAAUGACUUCCUGGGCCUCACACUGGUCUCCAGCCAGGCUGUCACUAACGCCAAGAAGUUGGAGUGGCCGCUCCAUGAGGUUGCUGAGGGAGUUUUCGAAACUGAAGCCCCAGGAGGAUAUAAGUUCUAUUUAAAGAACCACAGUCAGCCCCCAUCAGACCCAGUGCUGAAAGUGAGCUUGGCCGUGUCUGACCUGUGCACGUCCCUCCACUACUGGUCAGACCUGCUGGGGAUGACAGUUUAUGAGAAGGAUGAAGAGCAGCAGAGGGCUGUGCUGGGCUAUGCAGAGAGCCAGUGCAAGCUGGAAUUGCAGGGCAUCGAGGGAGCAGUGGAUCAUGGCACAGCCUUUGGGAGGAUUGCUUUCUCCUGCCCAAAGAAAGAGUUACCAGACAUAGAAGCAUUGAUGAAAAAGGAGAACCAGAAGAUUCUGACCCCCCUGGUUAGUCUGGACACACCUGGGAAAGCAGCGGUCCAAGUGGUUAUUCUGGCAGACCCGGAUGGACAUGAGAUUUGUUUCGUGGGAGAUGAAGCAUUUCGAGAACUUUCCAGGAUGGAUCCAAAUGGGAGCAAAUUGUUGGAUGAUGCAAUGGCAGCAGACAAAAGUGACGAAUGGUUUGCUAAACACAAAAUACAGAAGCCUUCUGGAUAAUGGAAGACAUCAUUUGAACAAAGAUUUAUGCUGUUCAUCCCGAUUCCCAUCCAGCACUAGAGAUAAAGUGUUUUCAAGUGCUCCCAUUCAUUAUAGCCUUCAGUUGCCUUUUGGGGAAGAGGAAAUAGUCUUACUGAAAUUUAAAUUCUGGAUCUUUAAAGUCUUCUCCUCCUUUCAUUUGUCCACCAUCUUGAUCACAGAUUCAAGCUGCUUUACCAACUGGUCUGUGUGUAUUGCUGGUGGGACAGGUUCUGCUCAGGAUUUGCUAGUAUUUUAGAAAUAGUGGCUUUCCCCAAGAACUAGAAGAUGCCCAUCUGGGCAGAUACUCUGACCAAGGCAAGGUGCUAGGGCCUGCUGCUAGAACUCUAUCACAUUUACUAAAAUGUCAGGUCAGAAUCUUAAGCAAUGAAGGAUGCAGGUUAGCCACCCCAAAAAUAAUAAGCCCCUGUUAAGUAGGAGAUUCAAAAGUGGUAAGUGGAGAAGGGAUGAAGACUUUUGGAGCUUCAACCUAAGGGUCAAGUGAUUUGGUCUAUUUUCCUCUUCACUUUUCAUACUUGUGGAGAGGCCAAAGGAAAACAGAAUGUCCUUAUUGGAUUGCUUGAAAUGAUUUAAGUGGCGUCAGACUUUAAAUUCAGUUUCCGUGUGAUUUGUGGCGGUGUUUACACCUCUGUUUGGUACAACUGAGCAUGGAGAUGUUACUUCACUAAUUGCUUGGUUGACUGGGAUUGGCUUUGUCCAUUUCAGAAAAGGAAAAAAUUCCCCCAAAAUAUAGUGUGCUUAUAAUAAGUACAUCUGACUCUUAGGCUCAGGAAUGAAAGCAGUGAUGGCUUAAUUACUUUAAUAAAGAGGCUAGAAUGGGGCUAGGGAGGCUGACUAAUCCCAGAAGCACAGGUUAAAAUUUAAACUGUAAGCCCUUAUCCCCCACCCAGAGCUGGGAUUUGAAGAGAACACCCUGACCAAAUAACCACCUCACCUCUGCUUCUGAAUUUUAAUAGCCUUGGGAAGAUUUUCCCUCAUCCCAGCAACUCCUAAUGUACAUUUCAAAUGAAUUACACAAUUGUAAUCUUGAAGGUAUCUGAGCAUUUGCAAAGCAGUUGAGAAAUCCGGUUUUUUCCAGGAGAACAGAUUGUACAUUUUCUUCUUUCAUGCUUUGUUAUUUCUUCUGCUUAAUGAUUAGAUUACAUUUUCUGUGGGUAAAGGAAUUGUUUACAUAGACCUUGAAUUAUCAAAUAAAUUUCCUUCUCAGUGUCUCGUU